AUGGCUCUACGUCAGGACGACCGCAAAAGACGAGUCGGCAAAGCGUGCGACUGCUGUCGCAUCAAGAAGACAAAAUGUGACGGGAAGAAGCCUUGUUCAAAGUGCACAUUUGACAACAAAGUUUGUGUCUACAGCGAGCGUAAACGGCACAGAGACAAGGUUUACCAGCCCGGAUACGUUGAGCUGCUGGAAACCAGGUUGGAACUUCUCUCCAAGAGUUUGGAGACUUUGUGCCGUAUGGUGGGAACCAAGCAAGACCUUGCCUUCCUGGAUUUGGAAAACACUGCAGACUUUUCUGUUAACAAAGUCAUCGCACAGUUGAUUGACCAUGGUCUUGAGACACCCUUGGAAGGGUGGGAUGGUGCAGCUCUGGUCGCGGCGAACUUCUCGGAGGAUGCCGAGUCGCUUGCAGAUGCCUCCAGACAGUUUGCCACUCAUGACCAAGACGAAGCCGAGGAGGAUUCGCCGCUUCGACUAAGCCAGACAUAUACUGUGGAGAACUCUUCUGUCUCAUCGCCCGGUUCUCUCGACCAAGUGUUUUCGGAUUUCGACACCUUUCCUCUGGACUUGGGUCCCUUUUCGUCUGGUGCGGCGCUUGCCGCUGCUGCCGUGGACGGAUCAUUGCCUAUGUCUGCUUUUGAGUCAGCAUCCCCGGUAUCUGCUCACACAGAACACUCUUUCAUGGAUGAUCCACCCAGCUCCAUAAAUUAUCCGUUUUCUGCAAACGCUUCUCCGCUGAAUUCUCCUGUACUUGCAGGUCACAUUACGAAGCCGCGCCGCCAGAGCGAUUCCCAGUCGCGCAUCGAGAAGGCGUGGCCCCACUUAGAUCUUUCGGAAGUUCUUUGGACUUCUUGA